AUGCUGCGGAACAUACCGCACUGCCUCACCGAAGCCGACAUCAAAGAAGUGGCGGAGAACACGCAGGCGUUCGUGGCUGCGGACUUGGCGCUGCUGCUGCGUACGGCGGCGACGGCUGCGCUGCGGCAGAGCCUGCAGCAGCAGCAGCAGCAGCAGCAGCAGCAGCAGCAGCAGCAGCAGCAGCGGGCGCUGGGCCGCGGGGACUUCGCCGCUGCGCUGCGGGCCGUGAGGCCCUCCGGCCUGAAAGCCCUUGCAUGCGAAGUGCCCCAAGUGACCUGGGAAGACAUCGGGGGCUACUGUGGGGCCAAGUUGCUGCUGCAGCAAUGCGUGGAGUGGCCUUUGAGCCACAGCAGCAGCUUCCAGCAGCUGCGGCUGCUGCCUCCCAAGGGUUUGCUGCUGUACGGGCCCCCCGGCUGCAGCAAAACCCUCCUCGCCAAGGCAGUCGCCACCGAGUCCAAAAUGAACUUCCUCUCCGUCAAGGGGCCGGAGCUCUUCUCCAAGUGGGUCGGCGAAUCAGAAAAGGCAAUUAGGCUCUUAUUUAGGCGGGCGCGGCAAAAUGCCCCUUGCGUAAUUUUCUUCGACGAGAUCGACGCCUUGGGAGUGGACAGGGAGAAGGGCGACGCUUCGGGUGUGGAGACGCGGGUGCUGUCGCAGCUGCUGACGGAAAUGGAUGGCAUCGGGCCCCACACUUCAGUGGUGGUGCUGGCAGCAACAAACCGCCCCGAUCUGCUCGAUGCUGCGCUGCUGCGGCCGGGGCGGCUGGACCGUCUGGUGUACGUACAGCUGCCGGACCCGCGGGCGCGGCAGCAGAUCGCCUUCAACACCCUCAAGCACGUGCCCAUUCACCCCACAGCAGCAGCAGCAGCAGCAGCAGCUGCUGCUGCUGCUGCUGCUGAUGGGGGCGCGGGAGAAGCUGCUGCGGCAGAGCCUCCGGGAGAAGCUGCUGCUGCUGCUGCUCACAAGCAAGAACACGCAGCUUGGGCCAACCCGAAAAGGGAAGACGGGCUUACUGACGGGCUGCAGCAGCAGCCGCAGCAGCAGCAGCCGCAGCAGCAGCAGCAGCAGCAGCAAAACCCGGUGGCUGCCCCUGCUGCUGUGGCAGAGUGGUUGAGUUCACGCACAGCUGGCUACAGCGGCGCUGAGAUUGUUAUGAUUUGCAAGGAAGCAGCAUUAGAAGCAAUUAGGGAACAUAUUGCUGGCUGCGUAGACUCCCAGCAGCAGCAGCAGCAGCAGCAGCAGCAGCAGCAGCAGCAGCAGCAGGGGCUGCUGGCGCUGCGGAUGCGGCACCUGGAGGCGGCUCUGCAGCGCGUACAGCCCCGCACGCCCCAGUCGCUGCUGCAGCUGUACAAGGAAUACAGCAGCAAGAACUAA